GAUCGCGAAUAUCAGUGAAGUUUGCUACGAGUUAGAAACUCUGCGUUCCUUUAAAACGGGUAGACGUUGUGUAGUUUCAUUUUUCUUGCACGCGUGCGUUAUUUUGUUUGUAGGAAAGGAAGUGUGAUUACGACGUUUGUCGACAUAUCCGGCGAUAAAAAUUCGUUUACAAAAUGCCAAUUAAAGUAGUGAAAACGACAUGCUAUCGAUUGAAAGCCUGAUUGGUUAAGCCAGUGUUCGAUGCAAGUAUGGCCGCCCUGCCAUCACCCACGCAGGUGGCUGGAAGCCAUACUGCCAUAUAUGAAGCAUAUUAUAAUCAGGUUGAUCCUAAUGGAUAUGGAAGAAUUGGUGCAAUGGAAGCAGCAAGAUUUUUGAAAAAAUCUCAAUUGAGUGAUGGUAUUCUCAGUAAGAUAUGGGAUAUGGCAGAUCCACAAUCUCGAGGAUCAUUAGAUAAGUCUGGUCUUUUUGUGGCCCUUAAACUUUGUGCAUUAGCACAAGCUGGACAUGAUCUAAGCAUGAAUAAUUUAAAUUUAGAGUUACCUCCUCCAAAGAUGGGAGAUAUUCCUAUUGUACAACAAAAAAAUGUUUCAAAUACAUUACCAAUAAUAACAUCCAUUAACAACGGAGAUUGGUCUAUAAAACCUAAUGAAAGAGCAAAAUAUGAUCAGUUAUUUGACAGUCUCCAACCUUCAAAUGGCUAUAUACCUGGAAAUAAAGUUAAAGGUGUACUUAUGGACAGUAAACUUCCUUUAGAUACACUUGGAAAAAUUUGGGAUUUAGCGGACAUGGAUAAAGAUGGUAUGCUGGAUAGACAUGAAUUUAUAGUUGCUAUGCAUCUUGUGUAUAAAGCAUUAGAAAAAUAUGCUAUACCAAGUGUACUACCUCCUGAAUUAAUGCCACCUGGUAAAAGAAAGGACAUUUCUAUGCUGGUAUCUAAAUCACCUGUACCUAUGACUGUACCAACAAUGACACCACCACCAAUUCCACCUUUACCGAACAUAUCAUCAGGAAAAAAUUUAUCUGGUCCAAUUGAUACAAUAAAGUCUAGUGCACAGCCUUGGGUAGUUUCAGCUGAAGAUCAAAUAGCAGCUGAUAAACUGUUUUUACAAGCAGAUUUGGAUAUGGAUGGAUUUGUCUCAGGUUUAGAAAUUAAAGAUGUCUUCCUUCAAAGUGGACUUCCACAAGCUGUAUUAGCUCAUAUAUGGGGCUUAUGUGAUACAUGUCAAAGUGGAAAAUUAAAUAAAGAACAAUUUGCUUUGGCAAUGUGGUUGAUAAAACAAAAGCUUAGAGAUAUUGAUCCACCAACAACUCUAAAACCUGAAAUGGUACCUCCGUCUUUACGAAAAGGUGGAGAUCUUAUCAUGGAAAAUAAUAAUAUUUCGGGAUAUUCUAAUCCAGAAUUAGAUAUGAUAAAUAAGGAUAUAGCAGAGCUUACACGAGAAAGACAUAGCAUGGAGCAAGAUAUAGCUCAAAAAGAAGCUGAUAUCAAGAUUAAAAAUGGAGAAAUUAAAAGUCUUCAAAGUGAGUUGGACACACUAGCUGCUACCUUAAAACAAUUAGAAAACCAGAAGGGUGAGGCACAGAAGAGAUUAAAUGACUUAAAGGCACAGACAGCUGAUGUAGAUAGAGAUUUGAGUGAAGUGGAGAGCAAGAUUUGCAAGGAACAGAAGAAGGUUGACAAAUUACGACAGCAAGCUGAAGAACAAGAGUCAGUUUUACGUGCUCAGGAAGAAGAACUCAAUUCCAAACGCCAGGAACUUGAGGGAUUGAGACAAGAAGAACAACAGUUAGAACAACAACAGCAUAAAAGCAGGGACCAAUUAAAUGAGCUUACGAAAAAUUUGCAAGAUACACAAUUACAAAUUAGUCAAGCGAAAGCUAAAAUUACACAUUUACAAGAACAGCAACGGCAAAUGAGUGAUGCUAUUGCACUUUAUGAUUCUGCACUUGCUACAGCAGAUGCCUCUCUUGUACCUGAUACUAGUCUACAAUUUAAUCCUGAGAUUGAAGAUAUAGAGUAUGAUGAAAAAGAAACCACAAGUGUGAAUGAAGACAAUAAAGCAAUAGUUGAUACUUUCACAAAUGCAAAUGGACCUGGUGUCUUUGAUGGUUUUGAUAGUCAAGAUACUUUUUCAUCAAAGAAGGCUCAAGAAGCUUUUUCUACAUCUACACCUGAUCCAUUUGGAAAUACAUUCCCAUCACAAUCGGCAACGAGUGAUUUUACCAAUGAUCCAUUUACUGCAUUCGAAAACACUAACACAGUAAAACAAGAUCCAUUUGAUCCAUUUGGAGAUAGUAAAAGAAAUGAUCAAAAAAUUGGUAUAGCUGCAUCAACGGUAACAAAAGAUCCAUUUGGAGAUGAUCCAUUUGCAAAUCUUCAUGCUCCACCACGACCAGAAAGCCCUAGCCCUGCUCUUCCACCUAAGAAAGCUAAACAACCACCGCCACGGCCUGCACCACCGCGACCAUCACAAGGUCCAACAGGAUCUUUGAGAGCAGCUCCAGUUCCAGCUCCUCCUACUCCAUCUCCCACUCCUGAUCCAUUUGCGAAUGCAAAUUCAGAUCCUUUUGCUGUGCAACAACCAAUUGGAGACAACAAUAAUAUCAGUAAUUUCACAGGAUCAUCUACAGGAUUCGCAGAUUUUGCAAAUUUUGAUUCAAAGCCGGAAUCUUCGCUCAAUCGAACAGCGCCACCCAGACCAGUGAGUCGACCACAUGCCGCAGUAACACUAAUAUCGAAGCUGCCGGACUUCACAGAAGAUCCCUUCCGAAAUUAUCGAUAUGAAGAUCCAUUUAAUAUAACAGACCCUUUCUCCGAUGAAGUAGAAGAUUAUAACGCAAACAAAAAUACUACAAUGAGCAUGGUGGAUCCAUUUGGAUUUGAAUCUACAUCAGUAUCAAAUACUAAGAACUCCUUAGUAAAAGGGUUUGAUGCUGAUUUUGGUAAAGCCUUUUCUGAUCGAAAUAGGAAUAUAAAAUCAUCUGAAGCGGAUGCUUUCUCUAAUGACAAAACCAAAACAAUCGAUAUCGAUGAAGCAUUUUCUAACAAAUGUGACAAAAGUGGAAGAUGGCAGGCACAGGAAAUAGCGCAUAAUUUAAGUGUUAAACUAAAUCUUAAUGAUAAAAAAACGAAAAAUGAUGUUGAUAACAUUUGGAAUGGUACGGCACCUCUUGCAUUAACAGAAGAUGAACAGCUUGCUUGGGCAGCUAAGCAAAGUCUAAAAACUGAAGAAGAAAGACGUAGGCUCAAGGAACAAGAAGAAGCUGAAUUAGCUCUUGUUCUUGAACUAAGUAAACGAGACAAAUCUGGAAAAUAAAAUUUUUUUCUUCAUUGCGAUAAUUUAUACUAUGAUUUACCAAGUAGUAUAUUUUUUA